CAUACAGGUUGUGCUGAAAUACGUGACAUCGCAUCAUACCAUCAUCGCGACUUAAAAUCAUCACACAGGCUAAUUUUAGAUCUUACACAUAAUAACACAGCCUCACAAGAUCACAGAUCUUGCUAGUUCCUCAAACAAAACCAGAAUGGAUUCUAACGGUCAGACGAACGGCAACAUGGAGGACAACCUUGAGAAAGGUGUACCUGACGUAUCAUUUGAAGGGGUCAAGCUAAGCAUCGAUUCUAACAAUCUUCUUGAUGAGAACAACACCGGCGGUAUCCAAGGCGAGGGAGCGGCCACACCGGUGGAUAAUGCUAAAUUCCAACCAAACGCAGUCAAUUCUUCUGGAUUCUAUUUUGCUUCACAGGCUGGUCGUUUAGAAGCAGCAGCCACGGCAUGCCAGAACAAUCUCAUCAACCAAGAAGAAGACGGGAACCUCCUAGGGGUGUGGCUUCUCACCGAGGUAGACCACUGGGACAACGAGAAGGAACGGGUUGCCGCGGUUACGGACAAUUCUCUCUACUUGGUCAAAUUUGAUUUCAUCGUGAAUCAGAUAAAGACCUACCGAAGAGUCAUGUUCAACACACUGAGCGCUCUUCAGAAGGGAAACUUCACCUAUCCAGAAAAGACACUUGCACCAGCCCGCACAGGUGAAGGAGUUCGCCUUCACUGGAGCAGUGGACGUCCAUUGUCUGUACUUGAGAAGUGGAACCCCUUCAGUGAUACCAUUCCUUAUACCACACUCACCAGUCACCCUCUACAGACUGAUAAUACAAGACAGGCUCAGAACUAUCAGGUUGGACCAUUCUACAACACUCUCCAGCAAGCCGUGACUACCAGUCGCUCUGCUCAUCACCCCAACCUCCCCCCUGUCAGUCUCACAGCGGCUCCCAUUGAGCUUGAGAUCUACCUGGGUCUCUCCAGCAUGGUGUAUAACCAGAGCAAGCUGGGAUUCUUCAGGGAGAGGGGCGGCGUAAGCUUCUAAAGACUCAACCAACCAAAGUUUAAGAUGCAAGUGUGAAUGGGGUUCAUAUUAUACAAGCAUCUGGGUAUGUGAUAACAUUGUCACUUUCAUACUAUUAUCGUAAUCUUGGAUUUUCCCUGUUAACGAUGCAAGUGUGAAUGGAGUUCAUUUUAUACAAGCAUCUCGGUAUGUGAUAACAUUGUCAUUUUCAUACUAUUAUUGUAAUCUUGGAUUUUCCCUGUUAAAGAUGUAAGUCUGAAUUGAGCUCAUGCUAAACAUGUACCUGGGUAUAUGAUAACAUUGUCACUUUCAUACUUUUAUUGUAGUAUUUGACUUUUCCUGUUAAAAAUGCAAGUCUGAAUUGAGUUCAUGCUAAACAUGUACCUGGGUAUACGAUAACAUGGUCACUUUCAUACUCUUAUUAUAAUCAUGGAUGGUUCUUGUAUCAAAGAGGUUUGUUUCUUCAGGGAUAGGGAGGAGAUAAUCAUCCGUAGACACAUUUGAUCAAGUUAAAUAUGUACUUCUAAUAUGUGUGAAUAGAGCUCAGAAUGCUUUCCAUGUAGUAGGGAUAUGAUAAGUUUGUUACUUUGAUGUUCCUUGUAUGUUACAUGUACAUGUAUGUAGUGGUUUAAUAGAUCUUAUAGCAUAAAGGAUAAGUGGGGGUAUAGACCAUUGUUUUCAGUUUUCACUGCCUUCUCUCUCAACCAUUGUUCAUGCUACACAUGUACAUGGGUACGUACGUGUUCAUGUUUAUAAAAGUGAAAAUGUUAUCAAAGCAUUUUCACUUUCAGACUUUGGUUGAAACUAUCGGUGAUCCUUGUAUUCAAUAGUAGAGACAUCUAGCUAGUAUUCUAUUACUUUUAUAAGUAAGAAUGUGAUGUAUGUCUUUAAAAUGUCAUUAUCAUAUCUUGAAUACUUCAAUGGACACUAGUCAGCCUACCAUAUGGUACUACAGUAACAUAAUCUAAAUACAGGGAUAUCCUACUAUACAAAAGCCUGCAUUAAACUACAUACAACAAGCUUAAUCUUCCUGGAUUAGGAGAGCUAUCACAAUUAUUCAAGAUUUUAUAGUCCUGGAAAUUCACACUUAAUCCUGUGGCUAUAUGAGGAAGCACAUGCCAUUAACAUUAAAUAAUUCCAAUCUUAUGCCCCUACGCUAUACCCAGCUAAAAAUAUUAAAAUUCAAUAUCUUUUGGUCUUUCAUGAUGUGUGUACUUAGAGUGGUAGAAGGUGUAUAAUUUUUGAAGAAUAGUUAGCGCUUAGAUAUUACACAAAUACAGUCAAACCUGCUUUAGUGACCACCUGUCUACAAAGACCACAUUUUUGGAUUCCCUUGAAAAAUUGUUCUCAUUGAAACAUGUACUAAAGGAACCUGUCUACAAAGACCAUCUGUCCACAGGUUUGACUGUAUAUUGUGCAAGUUGGUCACAUCAUGUAGCUCUGGAGUUGCGUUGCUUGAACAUACAGAUGUUACCUACAUGAAGAUAUAGAUGUAGUUCACAUAAUACUAUGAAUGUUUAAUCUUUUCAUGAGGGUGAUUAUACUACAAGAAUUAUCGUGAAAUUAGUUCACAUUGUACCAGUGGAUAUCAUAUUAUCAAAUGACAUAUUUACUUCUUUUAAAGACUAAUUAUGAUAUUGCAUGUGUGUAAGACUAUGGUUCACCUGAUGCACCGUUGCAGUAAUAUAUUCGUUUUCAAAAGCAGAGUCAAAAUAUAGAGUAAGAAUUUGCUGUACAGUUAUAUAUAGAGGCUGAGCCUAGCUAUGUUGAUGUAUCAAUCAUGAAUUCAUAACAAUGUAUUGUUGUUGAAUGUAUAGCUUUAUUUAUGAAAAAAUAGAUUCUUUGAAGUUUGUCAUGCUUUGCUAGUUUUUCAUUCACAUUUUGCAGUUAAUAAUGAUAAUGAAGCCUAGUGAGUGUAACUGUAGUCUAGCUGUGCUCAAGUUUUGUGUGUUUUUCUUUGUGCAAUGUUGUAUACAUUCAUGUGUAUCUUCACAUUGUUUUUUUAUUUCAUGAUCAUGUUUAAAAUAAUUACAUUAAGGUCUGCAAAAUUAUACUACAUGAAGAGUACAUACAUUCAUUGUUCAUUUUGAUUUUGCUCAGUGAGUCCCUUCAUUAAUCAAUUCAGAUAUUUCUUAGUAAAGAAUGAUUAGAUUGUAUGUAGUAUGUACAGUUUGUAGUAAUGCUUUGGAAGUCCAAUGCAUUAUGAUAAAGGAUUUAUGGAGACUGGUACUGUGCAGUUAAUGCUUACUACAGGCUGUAGUUUUUUUUUUUUUUGGGGGGGGGGGGGUUUACUUUGGUUAUUGGUGAAUAUGUAAAGCUCUUCAAAAUAUUCAAAGUAAACUUAGCUGUAUUUUGGCAUUAAUUCAAUUUGCAACUUUUCCUUGAUAUAAAAAAGUAUAUUAGUGUCUGCCAUGGUGAAAAUGAGAGCUGUAGUCAAAGUAUGGUGUAGAAAAGCUCAGCGACUUCAAAUUAUUUGUGAUAAAUGUUCUGAAAAUAACCCCCAUUCCCUUCUUAUACAUGAGUGUUACUUGUAACCAUACUCUUUCAAUUUGUAUCAAAGGGAUUAAAUAUGAAGUGACUUGAAACAAACAUUAUCAAACUGAAAUAAUAAGAAGUAACGGCUGAACAAGAUGAUGGUAUCUACGUACAUGUAUGUUAAUGAAAAAAUGAAAAACACUUGCCAAAUAUUCAUUUAUAUGAUGAUUAUCCUAUGCAAAGACAUGAUUAACUAUUUCCAGCUCCAUUGGAAAGCUUUGUAAUAUAAUUACUUUGAAUUUUCAACAAGUCAGCAAAAAGCAUAAAUUCAAAAUAUGUUUCCCCCUUUAUUUGAUUUGAAGUUUUAGUGAUAUGUUUUCCUUUGACAUUCUCCAACUUAAACAGUAAUUAAGCAGCAAGUUCCCAAUCAUUUUCUCUAAUAAUUAAAUACAACUCCUGCUUAAUACAUAUAUACUAGUUCUCUGAAAUAUUGUUUGUUUUUUUGCUUUUGUAUAAUGUUAUGACAACACAUUUUGGUAGUCGAUUCCUUCUUUUUUUGCAAUUAUAAUGUAGAGAUCUAUUAUCAGUACUGUGUAAACUGCUGACAUUUGUAUAUAUUAAGAUAUGAUUUGUUUUUCUUUAUUAUUAUGUAUUUUUUUGUAUUACAUUUGUUCAUGUGUAUGACAGGAAUAGGGAUUUAUUAGACACAUGUUGUACAUACUGCUGAUGAAAAUAACAAUUGAAUUGUUUAUGACAUGCAGGAAUCACUUAGCCAUUUUAAGGGGUGGGGGUGGGUGGCCAAAUUUGUUGAAAAGAAAAGGUCCCAUGGUAUUUUCUGACAGGAGUUGUCACACAACAAGCAAAUAAAAAAAUAAAAAAUAUCCUUUCAAUGAUUGAUGUCUCCCUUUAGAGCCAUUUAGCCGUUUUUAAUAUUGCUUCUGAGUUCUAAAACAUUCCAGCUUAUAUCCUUGGGCAAACCUAGGAUAUCUUGUUAACGAGGAAAUAGUCAGUGCAUUUGCCAUGAUACUAAAGUAUAAUACUAUUGAUACUAUAGUGGAAGGGUUUCAAGGGAGACAAUAUUUAUCUCAUUAUCUGAGGAAGAUACAGAUUGACCUUCCACAUGUACUGCCAGAUGUUUCUGUUGAACCUUGAUUAAAAUACAGUAGGACACAAAAAAGUGAAGAAAUGAGACGGAUGCUUUGUAUUUAACCUCAUCAUUGGGCUGCUAAAUUUGAAAGCAGUAAUAUUUCAAGAGCCAAUUACUUUUUUUUGUUUUGGAAAGGAAGAAAAAUGCUCACAAAAAGCAAAGUGGAUUCAUAGCCUGAAGCAAGUCAGGAAAGCAUCAGCUUUUUGGUGAAAAUACAUGAAUUUGUUUUCUUUUAUUUGAAUGGAUUUUACUUCCUGGUCAUCUCCUGUUUCAAGUUGUGUCUUUUAUCCUACCAGUGUAGUAAGAUUCUAAGCAGUGUGUCAUGUUUUAUGCUGACUCAUAUUUUCUUGAAAUUGAACUUUACAACUCAUCUUUAAAUAACUGCAAUGCUACAUGUACCAACAUGUUCAUGCCACCAUCUCUUUUUUGUCCCCCUAUUUUUGUUGAAUGUUGAUAUUUAAUUUUCGUCUGCAUUGAAGUAGUGAAUAUGCCACAUAUGGUUUUAUUUUGUUAUGGAAUUAAUGCAUUUUGAAUUAAUAGUGAUAAAUAAUGAAGUAAGCUUGUGGGUAAUGAUUUUCUCUCAAAUGUUUGUCGACUUUCCCAAAUAAAAAUAAAACAAAACAUAAAUUGUAGGUAGAAGAAAAUAACAAGCUAGCAAAAAAUGAAAAGCUAAAAAAUGCAGCAUUUCCUUUUUGUUCCUGUUUACCUUGUAAAACAAAUACGUAGUAUAUAGAAAUGGAUUGUCAUGCUUGAAUGAAUUCAACAUAUAUUUACUUUGUGUUUUUCUAUUGUAUGACAAUUUAAGCAAUUUGAAACAUAUUUCUUGUAGAUGUAAUAUGAAGAGAACUGGGAUUGUGGUAAUUGACUAUAAAAUUUAACCUGAAAUUCAUCAUGUAGAUUUUCUCAUAUUUAUAUGUACCCCAAUAGAGCAUGGCUUAGUUUGGAAACCUAUGUAUGUACUAUUAAAUGAUGAAAAAUAAAUAUUAUAACACUAUGGCACAUUCUUUUAUUCAA